GGCCGCAGCGGACGGGGCGGACGGGCGCGCGCGGAGCCGAGGCGCCGCGGAGGGCCGUUUAGGUGAUUGCUUAGAAAACAUCACAGUUCACCGGCAUCUGAUGAAAUUAUUGACUAAGCAAACCAGCCAUGUCUUAUACUCCAGGAAUUGGUGGUGACCCUGCCCGGCUGGCCCAGCGGAUCUCUUCCAACAUCCAAAAGAUCACUCAAUGUUCUGUGGAAAUACAGAGGGCUUUGAAUCAACUUGGAACACCUCAAGAUUCACCUGAAUUAAGGCAACAGCUCCAACAGAAGCAGCAGUAUACUAACCAACUUGCCAAAGAAACAGAUAAGUACAUUAAAGAGUUUGGAUCUCUGCCCACCACCCCCAGUGAACAGCGUCAAAGAAAAAUACAAAAGGAUCGUUUAGUGGCUGAAUUCACAACUUCACUGACAAAUUUUCAAAAGGUCCAGAGACAAGCUGCUGAGAAGGAAAAAGAUUUUGUUGCUCGAGUAAGAGCCAGUUCCAGAGUGUCUGGUGGCUUUCCUGAAGACAGCUCAAAAGAGCGGAAUCUUGUUUCCUGGGAGAGCCAAACUCAGUCUCAAGUGCAGGUGCAAGAUGAAGAGAUUACAGAAGAUGACCUUCGUCUUAUUCAUGAAAGAGAGUCUUCUAUUAGACAACUUGAAGCUGAUAUUAUGGAUAUUAAUGAAAUAUUUAAAGAUUUGGGGAUGAUGAUUCAUGAGCAAGGAGAUGUGAUAGACAGCAUAGAAGCCAAUGUUGAAAAUGCAGAGGUCCAUGUUCAGCAAGCAAACCAGCAGCUGUCCAGGGCAGCAGACUAUCAGCGCAAAUCCAGGAAAACCAUGUGCAUCAUCAUUUCUAUCCUUGUCAUUGGAGGUAUAAUUGUUGGCCUCAUCAUAUGGAGCUCAUUGAGAAGCUAAAAUUAUGAAGGAGCACACUUUUGCACUACAUUGUGUAAAUUAUGUCAGGCGAUUCUUCUAAUCAUUUUUUUAAUAA